GAAGGCGGCGGCGGGGGUAGGGGAGGCGGGAGGGGGGGGGAGGGGGGGAGGCGAGGAUAAACACGGCCUCCGGGAGCGCGCCGUUCCCUCCGUGAGAGCGGAGAGGCCGGGAAGAGGCAGCCUGGCAGGGUCCGAGUGUCCCCCGUGGUGGGGAGGGGAUAGCGGAACGGACCCGGAGGACAUGGAGGGCGAGGGGGCCCCUGCGUGGCGGGGCCCGGGCGGGGGUUUGGUCCGCGAACUGUGCCGCUCCUUCGGGCACUACAACCGGCACCUGGCUCGGCUGCAACACAACCUGCGGGAGACCAAGAAGUUCUUCCGCGACGUUAAGUACUCCCAGGGCCACCUCUUCGCUUCUGCCGCAGCCGGGGAAGGCCUCCCCGCCGCCACCGGAGAUGGGGACCCCCGGGACGGGCCCUGCCCCGGCGGGCAGAAUUUCAUUUCCUUCCCUCUCCAUGAGGAAGAGCAUCUCCAGAGGACUGUGAGCUGGCACCCUUGCCUUCUGAUUCUUGGCCAGAACUGUAAUGCCAAAUGCCAGUUACUCAACCUCCUGCUGGGGGAGAAGCUGCUCCCCACCCCCCCACUCAGGAAGGAGGAAAACUGCAAGAGGCGCCGGAUCCGACUGACCCACGGGACCCAAACCCGGCUCAGCCUGGCCCUGCCUGAGCAGUAUGAACUGGUCCAUAUGAUGGCAGCACACAGAGGGCACUGGGACACCAUCCCAGAGGAGGAUUUAGAAAUUCAUGGGGACAGUGAAGAUCCUGCUCACCAGAUAGCAGAGCUGGAGGUGAUGCUGCCAUACUCACUGUUAAAGGAAGUGGAUGUUGUGGUAGCACCAUGCCGUGGGUCCCAGUCUGCUGAAGCCACCCUAAGGGAGUAUGUGAACCAAGUCCUGCCUGUUGUCAUCUUUGCCAUCAGUGAGGCUGAGCUUUCCUCCUCAGACGAGGACGAACUGCGUGAAAUCAAAGAGAAAUUCUCCUUGCCCAUUUUCUUCUUCAAAGUGCCAGAGGCUGGGGUCGAGCUGAUCUCUCCUAAAAAAACUGAGCAUGAAAAGUCUUCUCUUUACAGCCAGCUGAUGGACCUGGAGUAUCUGAGCAGCAACCACUGCAGCUGUGGGGGACCUGGUCCCAACGCUGAUGCCCAGAGCAUGCUGGUGGAGCAGCUGGAGAAGCUCCGUCUCCUGAGCACUUUUUCCAGGCAGGUUCUUCAGAAGCACCUGGUGGCAGCAGCUACCAGCUUGAAUGAAGUGCACUGCCACUGCCUGAACAUCUUCAUCAACCAGGCCUUUGACAUGCAGAGGGACCUCCAGAUCACCCCCAAAAGGUUGGAGUACACCCGCAAGAAGGAGAAUGAGCUCUACGAGUCUCUGAUGAACAUCGCCAACCGCAAGCAAGAGGAGAUGAAGGACAUGAUCGUGGAGACUCUGAGCAAUAUGAAAGAGGAGCUCUUGGAGGAUGCUGCUAAUAUGGAAUUCAAAGAUAUCAUCAUUCCAGAAAAUGGGGAACCUGUAAGCUCCAAGGACAUCAAAUGUUGUAUUAAGCAAAUUCAGGAACUGAUUAUUUCUCGAUUAAACCAAGCAGUUGCCAAUAAGUUAAUUAGCUCAGUGGACUAUCUGCGAGAGAGCUUUGUAGGGACUCUGGAGAGGUGCCUGAAGAGCCUGGAGGAGUCCUGGGAAGUUUCAGUACAUCCUGCAAGGACUCUGGAGAAGUCAAAGGAUGCUUCUGUACACAUCACAAGCAAUUAUCUGAAACAGAUACUAAAUGCAGCCUAUCAUGUUGAAGUCACUUUCCACUCUGGCUCCACAGUAACCAGGAUGCUCUGGGAACAGAUCAAACAGAUAAUCCAGCGGAUUACCUGGGUCAGCCCCCCUGCCAUCACCAGUGACUGGAAGAGGAAGGUUGCUCAGGAUGCUAUCGAGAGCCUCAGCGCCUCCAAAUUAGCCAAGAGCAUUUGCAGCCAAUUCAGAACCAGGCUCAACAGUUCCCAUGAGGCUUUUGCAGCUUCUCUGCGACAGUUAGAAGAUGGCCAUUCUGGCAGGCUGGAGAAGACAGAAGACCUGUGGCUGAAGGUGCGGAAGGAUCACGCUCCUCGCCUAGCACGGCUCUCCCUGGAGAGCAGAUCCCUCCAGGAUGUGCUGUUGCAUGGCAAACCAAAGCUGGGCCGUGAGCUGGGCCGAGGACAGUAUGGUGUGGUCUAUCUGUGUGACAGCUGGGGAGGGCAUUUCCCAUGUGCACUGAAAUCUGUUGUUCCUCCAGAUGAGAAGCACUGGAAUGACCUUGCACUGGAGUUUCACUAUAUGAGGUCUCUGCAGACACACGAGAGGCUCGUCCACCUCCAUGGGUCUGUGAUAGAUUAUGGCUAUGGAGGAGGCUCCAGCAUUGCUGUCUUACUCAUCAUGGAACGAUUGCACAGAGACCUCUACACAGGACUAAAGGCUGGGCUAGAGUUAGAAACACGACUGCAGAUUGCCCUGGAUGUAGUGGAAGGGAUCCGUUAUCUUCACAGCCAGGGACUGGUGCACAGGGACAUCAAACUGAAAAAUGUCUUGCUUGACAAAAAGAAUCGAGCUAAAAUCACUGAUUUGGGGUUCUGCAAACCAGAAGCCAUGAUGUCUGGCAGCAUUGUGGGCACACCCAUUCAUAUGGCUCCUGAGCUCUUCACAGGAAAAUAUGAUAACUCAGUGGAUGUUUAUGCAUUUGGCAUUCUGUUCUGGUACAUUUGUUCGGGACAUGUGAAGUUACCAGAGGCUUUUGAGAGAUGUGCAAGCAAAGAUCACCUUUGGAACAAUGUGAGAAAAGGAGUCCGCCCAGAGCGUCUUCCAGUGUUUGAUGAGGAAUGCUGGCAGCUGAUGGAAGCUUGCUGGGAUGGAGACUCCUCCCAGCGCCCUCUCCUGGGGAUCGUUCAACCUAUGCUGCAGGGGAUCAUGGACAGGCUCUGCAAGUCCAGCUCUGAGCACCCGAGUAAAGGUUUGGAUGACUCGACUUGAAAAGGAAGCCCAGAAGAGGUUUUUUUUUUUUAAGUGUGAGAGAAUUCUGAACCCCUGACUCUGCAGAUGGCUUCUUCAGAUGUGGCUCUUUGUGGCUAACAUGAGUGGGACAGGUAAAUAGCAACCAGAAGAUUGCUCAUGGAGGUGAGACCUUGGGGACAUUCCAGCUAGAAUUACAGCCAGAAAGAUCUCCUCCAGUACACCCCACUGAUGCUAGUUACCCAGCUGCAGCUUUUCUUAUGGAGUUGUGCAACUAAGAGAAAAAUCCACAGUCUUGAACUGAAAGGGAUUUUUUUUUUUUCCUUUUUUGCCAAUCCCACAGAAAUACCAAGCCAAGGAAAGCAUCUUGUGUGUUCCAGGUGUAGUGUCUGUGUUGCUAGAGGCUGAUUGUCACAGUCUUGACUCAGUAAAGUCAAAGCUCUUCCUGUUAACUGAUGGUCCCUGGUGGCUUUUAGUCCCCAAAACCCUUAUCCCAGGCACCCAGUGAUUGGCACCCAUUCCAGCACAGUGGGAGAGGAGAGAAAGCAGAGGCUUUAGGCUAGAAAAGUGUUCAGGAGCUGAGAGCAUCUCUGCACGAGCUUCUUGUAACACUCAAAAUGUUUACAUUGACAGGAGCAAAGCUUCCAUGUUUUACCUGUGGGGGUUUAUCUGCUGUGCCACUGCAGUGCAAAUACCCCAAGUUAUAAGCUAUUUAUCCCUUGUAUCCCCAGCAGCUCUUAAUUCUGUAAACAAGCUCUUUCUUUCUGGUAAUUCUGCUUUAUAAUUGUUGUCAAUGUCUGAAGAAACCUGAGCUUUUUCUUUUUUACAGUCUUCUGGUAAGAUGGAAGACUGUUCAGAGGUUACAUAUUGUAAUACCAGAACACAAAAGUCAUUACAGCUAAUGACUGUCCCUGGGGAAAGUGCCAGUUCAUUUUAAUUAACUACUGUUUUUCAGAUUAGUUGUAAAGGCAAUGACAGUUUUAAAUGGGGCUAGCUAUGACAGACAUGUUUUUUAAAAUUAAGGUUUCUUCAGCUUUUUUUUGUUUUUUUUUAAAGUCACAUGCUUGGUGAGAGCAUACUGGAGGGAAAACAGGUCAUUCAUUCUUCUUCAGUAGCUUCUUCUGUUGUGGCUGAGUCUUCAUCUGCUCAGUUCUCUCUGGGAUCUCUCAUUUAGCUGUGUUGAAAAGAGUUAAAAUGGGGAAGGAAUCCUUUGCAAGGAAGGUUUUAGGCUUGGGGAGGUCCUGCUGCCCUUUCCAGGAGGGCUGCCUCUCAAAACAAUAUCCUUACCCCUUGCCUUUUGCAUUUCUGGAGCAAGAUUGGUUGAGAUUCCUGAACAAACCUGCUGGGGGGUGGAGGCUGAAAUAAAAAAAAAAAAAAUUAAAAAAAAAAAGCACCUUGUUUUACUACAUGAGGAAAUAACUGAGUUGGGAAGAAGUUCUCCCUGGGUUUACUGUUCCUCCCAGCUGCAGGAACAGCACACCCUGGCUCUGGUUCCCAGGAAAAGCCAGGAAUGUGGCAUCUGGAAUCACUGCACCUUUUUACUGGGAUUUAUUGGCUCAAAUUACAACUGAUAGUCUGCCUGUUAAACAGCUUGAACAAAGGAAAGGGAUACAUAACCCUGCAGUAUUAGUUUAGUUUAAAUCUUCUUUUCUUUGUGCAAUAAACAGAAUUAAUGCUUUUUUAUAUAUAUAUUAUAUAAAAAAAAUAGGUUUGUUUGGGGGUUUUUUUUUUUUUUUUUUUUUUUUUUUACUUAACCUGCACGUGUGGGCAUUUUCCUGGCAUUAUCAGUGUGGUUCUGUACAGGUCCAGCCCUGUAUAGGUUCUGUAGAGGUCCAGCAGCCCAGAACCCCAGCUGCAGAAGAAGAAAUUCCUUCUCCAAAGUAGAAUCCUUGGGCAUUUCCCUGCCCCUGCUCCCUCAUGCCAAUGACACUAACAGUAUUAACUCUGUUCUGCUCUACGUGGUGGUUUGUAGGAACUUUAUUUAAACCUAGGAGAGUCCAGGUCAGUCUCUGGCAAUGAGUAGAAGUAGCUUGUGUAAAUAAGAAAUGUAUGAAUAAAAACUUUAAAAUCUCUGUAUAUGCAAUUCCAGAAAUGUUCCUGUAGAGCUUUUUCCUCCAGACACUUUAUCUGAUGCCUUUUUAUUGUUGUUUGUAACUGCUUUGAUGUCUUCUUUCCAUUUGAUUGCUCUCUCUGCAUGUUCAGCAUUGUAGAUCUGCAGGUUUUCCAGUGCUUCUCUGCAUCCCCCCUCCCCAUUGGGUAUAAAAUCUGCCUGACUGAA